GAAAAGUGAAAACCCUAGAAGCAGUUUAUCAGAAUCUGUGUUGCAAUUCUAUGAGGGCAUUUGUAUAAACAUUCGCAAUCAAAUAUCCAGUUCAAGCUGAAAAUUUGAAAUAAUUCGUGAGUGCUUUCUUUCUCUUCAUUUGUAUUUGAUUUGGCCAUGUUUUGUUUGUGCCGCAAAAUACUGCAAUUUCAACUAAUCCCAAAUUGGGGAAAUACGGCAUCCUCGACUAUCCAUUUGAGUUUUCGUUUGCAAAAUACAUCACUUUUUUCUAAAUCUUUCUCGUCCGUUGAAGUUGUGGCACAUGAUAGAAAAAAACAACCAAAACAACAUUCAUUCACAGUGUCUUAUUUCAUAAACUCAUGUGGGUUGUCCCCAGAAAUUGCUGCUUCUUUAUCAAAGAAAGUAGCUUUUGAAACCCCAGAAAACCCAGAUUCUGUACUUGGCCUUUUCAGGAAAUAUGGGUUUACUGAUGCCCAAAUAUCCAAACUAAUUAAAAAAAGACCGGAAGUGCUUGUAAGCAGUGUUGAGGAAACUCUUUUACCCAAGCUAGAGUUUUUCCAUUCUGUGGGGAUUUCCUGUACUGACCUUGGGAAUGUACUGUGUUCAAACCCUUUUUUUUGGCGAAGUAGCUUAGAGAAACAAAUUAUCCCUAACUAUAAUUUCCUCAAGAGUUUGGUUUCCAACAAUGAAAAAAUUGUCGAUGUUUGGAAGCGGGCCAUUCAUUUGCAUGAUGCGCAAAAGAGAGUUGUUCCCAAUAUCUCUGCUUUGAAAGGAAUUGGAGUGACACAAUCAGGUAUUUCAGCUUUGGUCACCUCACAUCCUAGUGUAUUAUGUGAAAGGUCUGAGAAGUUUGAUGAAUAUGUCAAGAAGGUUAUCGAGAUGGGAUUCAACCCUUCAACCAGUGCAUUUAUCCACGCACUCACAGCAGUUACGUCCAUGUCCAACAAUACGUGGGAACAAAAACUGAAGGUUUAUAGGAGUUGGGGUUGGUCUGAAAUUGACUUCUGGUUAGCUUUUAGAAGCAUUCCCAGAUGUAUGACUCUGUCUGUGGAGAAUAUAAAUAGCAAGAUGGACUUUUUUGUGAACAAGAUGGGUUGGCAACCUUCAGAGGUUGCUAGAACCCCUGUGGCUUUAAGUUAUAGUUUGGAGAAGAGAAUCAUCCCGAGAUGCAGAGUUUUAAGGGUUUUGUUGUUGAACGACUUGAUUAAGAAAAAUUUCAGUAUGUCUUAUGUGCUGCAGACCUCUGAAAAGCUCUUCACAGUCAAUUUUUUGUCCAAGUAUCAGGAACAGGUUCCACAACUAUUUGAUAUAUAUCAAGGGAAAUUUGAUCUUUCAGAACUAGGCAUUGGAUUUGAGCAAAAACCUGAGGCAAACCAACUGUAGCUUGUUAUUUGUUGAUUUUUUUUAUACGCGUUUUUUCUUUUUAUAUUGUUGCUUGUUAAUGUGAGUGCCUUUGGCCCUGAUCUUAUUCAGCUCUGAAUACAGCUUAGAGCUUCUUGUAUCAGUUCUCAUUGUUUAAUUGUACAAACUGAAAUGAAUGAAGUUGAUGAAGACACAGGAGGAAGUAAAGAUUAAAUCAUGUUAUACAAAUCUCUAAUUGUUGUUUGUCCA